AUGUGGAGGAAACUAGAAUGGAAGGUGCACAGACUGAUAUAUAAGAUGCCAAGUACAAAGGAAAAUGCAUCAGCAGCUGCUGAGCAAGCAGAAUCUGAAAAGCCAGUUGAGUCUGAUGAGAAGGUUGAUUUUGAUGAAGACUAUGAUCCUGAGGAAAUGGAUGAAGAGGUUGAGUAUGAAGAAGUAGAGGAAAUAGUGGAGGAAGAAGUGGAAGAAGAGGAAAUAAUAGAAGAGGAGGAAGAAGUAGAGGUGGAGGAGGAGGAGGAGGAGGACAAUGCUAGUAAUGCUAAUGGGGUUGAUGAGACAAAGGUUGAAGAUGAGAAUGAGAAGAAAAAACAUGCCGAGCUUCUUGCCCGCCCUCCUCAUGGUUCUGAAGUAUAUGUUGGUGGCAUUCCUAAUGAUGCUUCUGAGGAGGACUUGAGGGAUUUUUGUGAGUCUGUUGGAGAAGUUACAGAGGUUCGAAUGAUGAAAGAAAAAGAUUCAAGUGAGAACAGGGGCUUUGCAUUUGUGACUUUUAGAAGUGUUGAUUUGGCUUCUACAGCAAUUGGUGAGCUGAAUAAUACUGAAUUCAAGGGUAGAAAGAUCAAAUGCUCAACAUCUCAGGCGAAGCACCGGUUGUUCCUUAGCAACAUUCCUAGAAGUUGGGGAGAGGAAGGUCUGAGGAAGAUUGUGGUUGAGGUUGGGCCUGGAGUUACCAAUGUGCAAUUGGUGAAGGAGAAGAGCUCAAGCAAUAACAGGGGCUAUGCUUUUGUUGAGUACUACAAUAAUGCUUGUGCUGAAUAUUCAAGGCAGAAGAUGAUGGAUCCAAAAUUUAAGCUGGGUGAUAAUUCCCCAACUGUCAGCUGGGCUGACCCUAAAAAUGCUGACUCUUCUGCUUCUUCACAGGUUAAGGCACUAUAUGUGAAAAAUUUACCAAAGACCAUAACCCAAGAUCAGUUGAAGAAGCUAUUUGAACGACAUGGAAAAAUCACAAAAGUGGUUUUGCCACCAGCAAAAUCUGGACAGGAGAAAAAUAGAAUUGGUUUUGUACAUUUUGCUGAGAGGUCUAGUGCUAUGAAAGCACUGAAGGAUACUGAAAAAUAUGAACUAGAUGGCCAACUCGUUGAGUGUGCUCUUGCAAAACCUCAGUCAGAGCAGAAGGCUGCUGGAGGGUCAAACUUGCAGAAUACUGGUUUGUUACCAAGUUACCCACCUGGGGUUGGUUAUGGUAUGAUGGGGAAUGCCUAUGGUGCUCUUGGAGCAGGAUAUGUUUCAGCAGGCUUUGCACAGCCAUUGAUCUAUGGAAGUGGACCAUCUCCUGCUGGCAUGGCGAUGAUGCCAAUGCUUCUACCUGAUGGGCAAUUCGGAUAUGUCCUGCAACAGCCAGGAGUACAGCUACACUCCCCAACUUCCUAUCAAAGAAAUGAUAGCAGGAGUGGAAGUGGGCGAGGCAACAAAAUGGGCAGCAGUUCAACCAGGGGUACACACAGCAAUGAUGCCAGCCACAGCCGCAGAUUUCGUCCAUACUAA